AUGGACGUCUUGUUCGACCGCUGCAUGAAUUUCAUCGAAGAAGAAGAGAUCAUCCAAGAGACAGGAGGCCAGACGCGUUACCAGAUCCUGCGCGAGCGCAAGGCCUCCCGCACCACCACCAGCGGGUGGCGCAAGGAGCCGGUGACCUUCGCACUCGCAGGCUUCGAGAACGUCGGCUGCUACCGCAGGCUGCUGGACGGCGUCGACCCUGUCCUUCCUCAGCAGCUCGCCGCCGCCCCCGCCGUGAACUCCCUGACGCUUCGGGCCUCUUGGCCACCCGGGCAUUGCGCCGCCACCGGCUUCAUAGCGACUCUCACGAGAACCUCCUCGCGCUCUGCCUGGGCAGCUGCUACCGCGAUGACUGGCGCCACCUGCCAGGGUGUUACCUGGUGCUCAACACCCGCGCCAAGUCGGUCGCCGUCGUCCCGCCGCUGCCCGCCGCCGUCAGGGUCGACAGCUCGCACUGCUACCCCAUCGGACGAGUACUGCUUCAAUUUGAAUGCUGGGAUGGUGUUCGCCAUCUCAAGCACCUCCCUUUGCUGGGUAGACCUGUGGGCAGGGAUCUUGGUCUGCAACAACAUCAGCAGCAGCAGCACGGACGCCGCCGCCGCCGCCGCCGACGGCUUGGUGUUUAGAUUCAUCCCGUUGCCCGAGGGAUGUGCAUGUGCUCCUGCAUCUUUUGGCGCGACGGAGUACCGUUCCGUGUGCUGCGUGGACUCCGAGACCAUCAAACUCUUGUGCAUGGACGACGGCGGCGAGGAGGUCACGGUGGCGCUCACGACAUGGACUCUCAAGUUCCCGAUGACAGCAGAUAGCUGGAGGUGGGAGAAGGACGAGGACGCGUCGUGCUCCUCCCUGUGCGUCGCCGACCUCCUGGACGACGCUAUCCCGGUGGGCGGCGGCGGCGGCGGCAACAAGCGCAGGCUGCUGCGGCGGGUCGUGCGCUGGCCCGUCGUUAGCAGGGCGCGACCUGGCGUGGCGCACGUCUGCGUACAUGACUUGGAGUUCAAGCGCAAGGAGAAGGAGUGGGCAGCCACGGGGUGCUACGAGGUCAGCCUCGACGUGCCUCGUCGCAGGGUCGCGUCUGUGUUCACGUUUCCUGCAGGAUCGUCGUCUCCUGGGCAUAUGGUGAUGCCACUUUGA